AUGGAUAAACCAGGGAAGAUAUUGAUUAUUGGUGCUGGUACUUUUGGGCUUUCUACCGCAUUGCACCUUUUAAGACAAGGUGAAAAGGAUGUGAUUCUUGUAGAUCCAUAUGCUGUUCCUUCACCAUUUUCUGCUGGGAAUGAUGUCAAUAAAAUUAUACAGACAACAUCUGAUGAUGAUUUCUACUCCAAAUUAGCUUUGGAGGCUCUUGAAAUGUGGAGAGAGGAUAAUGUUUUUAAUAAAGCGUUUGCAGAGACUGGUAUUAUAUAUGCUGCAACUGGCAAAGAACAAAGAGAGAGUAUCGACUACCGUUACGAAUAUUUGCUUGGACGCAAAGACAAAGUAGUCAAGUUGAAUAGUGUGGAAGAUUACGAGAAGUAUGUUCCAAAUAAAGAGGGACUGAAAUCUUACCCAAAUAAAUUUCAGAAGUGGUAUGGCUAUUAUCAAGAAAAAAACUGUGGAUGGGCAUUUGCUAGGUUGGCAUUAGAGAACUGUGUUGAAGAAUGCCGUAAAUUAGGGGCUAAAUUUGUUAUUGAUUCUGCUGAAGAACUUCUCUUCAGUGAAGAUGGAGCAUGUGUUGGUGUUCACACUUCGAAUGGAAACAUUAUUGAAGCUGAUAGAACUAUUAUUUGUGCUGGUGCAAAUUCAUUCAAGUUUUUGAACUUUGAGCAGCAACUUUUGGCUAAAUGCUAUACUUUGGGACAUAUCAAACUCACUGAUGAUGAAGCUGCUUUGUUGAAGGGGAUGCCAGUUGUUUUAAAUCUAGAUGGAGGGUUUGUAUUUGAACCGGACUUAAACAAUGAGAUUAAAUUCUGUAAUGAGUUUCCAGGUUAUGUCAACAUCGUAAAUGAAGAUUCAGUGCCUUCAUUUAAGGAUUCAAUCCCAAAGGAGGCUGAAGAUCAAAUGAGAGCAUUUUUAAGACAAGUUUUCCCCGAAUUUGCUGAAAGGGAGUUUUCAUUAGCUAGAAUUUGCUGGUGCACAGACACUCCAGAUCGUCAUUUUUUGAUUUGUGAGCAUCCGGGGCAUAAAAACUUGGUAUUGGGUACUGGUGAUUCUGGUCAAGGGUUUAAAUACAUGCCAAAUGUUGGAAAAUAUAUAUCUCAGGUUGCCCUCAAGGGUGAGAAUAGUUUAGACAAAGAUAAGAAGGAAUUAUGGAGAUGGAGACCAGAUAUGGGAAAGAAAAGAGACCUAAAAGACUUACAAGGCAGAUAUGGUGGUUCUAAUGAAGUAAAGGACUUAAAGAAUGUUAAACAAUGGUCUAAUGGAAAAAGCCAUUUAUGA